UUGUGCCUGGCUACCAAAGUGGUGGAGGAGAAGGCGUACGACCAGUGGAGCAAGAAGCACCAUGCUGCCAGUCUCUUGCUUCAAAAUCGGGCCCAAGAAUUGGACAAGGUCUAUGAGGAGAUGGAAUGGGAUCUCCAGCUCCUGGGGGUCACGGCCAUUGAAGACAAACUCCAAGAGGGAGUCCCUGAGACCAUCCAUUUACUCAAAAGGGGAGGCAUGAAAGUGUGGGUGUUAACCGGAGACAAGGAAGAGACAGCGGUGAAUAUUGGCUUUGCGAGCCAACUCCUGUCGGACGACAUGGUCAUCCUCGGGGAGAGCGAGAUCUGGUAUGGAAGAGACAAAAUUCUUCAUGCCACAGGGGAUGAGCAGGGGAAGACGAGGCGAAGCAUCUGGGAGCGGUUUUGUUGCUCCCAGGACAAGACCAAGAAGGACCCCAGGAACUUGGUGGAAGAGGCCUUUGUGGAGCUGGCAACGGCCUGCCAGGCUGUCAUCUGCUGCCGAGUGACGCCAAAGCAGAAGGCUCUCAUUGUCCAGAUGGUGAAGAGACACAAGAAGGCCAUCUCUCUGGCCAUUGGAGACGGGGCCAACGAUGUCAACAUGAUAAAAACCGCCGACAUCGGGGUGGGGAUCAGCGGGCAAGAAGGCAUGCAAGCGGUGCAGUGCAGCGACUACGCCUUGGCCCAGUUCUCCUACCUUCAGCGGCUCCUCUUUGUCCACGGCCGAUGGUCCUACCUGAGGAUUUGCAAGUUUCUCCGGUAUUUCUUCUACAAGACCUUUGCGGGCAUGAUGUCGCAGAUCUGGUUUGCUUUCUAUACUGGGUUCACUGCCCAGCCUCUGUUGGAAGGUUGGUUUCUCGCACUUUACAACGUCUUCUACACUUCUUAUCCAGUGCUGUGCAUGGGGAUGUUUGAACAGGACGUGAGCGCUGAGAAAAGCUUGAAGUGCCCCGAGCUCUACAAGGCAGGCCAGAAGGACCUGUUCUUCAACUUCCGGACCUUUUGCCUUUCCUUCCUCCAGGGCUCCUUCGUGUCCCUGGUCAGCUUUUACGUUGCACUCUGGGCCUUUGAAGACAAAGCCAGCAUCAAGAUCGUGGGGGACUACCAGUCCUUUGCCAUGAUAAUAGCAACCUCGGCAAUAUUGACUGUCACAGUGGAGAUCAUUCUGGACAUCAAAUUCUGGACCGUCUUCUCUGUGCUGGCCAUCUUCCUGAGCUUAGUUCUGUACUGCCUUUGUUCCUACUUCACUCAGAGUUUCCAGGCUUACUUGACGGCUCCCACUGUGUUCCAGUUCCCUGAUGCCUCCAAGAAUGCACUGACAGACCCAACCGCACUGCUGGUGAUCUUGCUCUCUGUCACGGUGAACAUCAUCCCCUCCCUCGCUGCCCGCUUUCUGUGCAGCGUCAUGGUACAGAGAACCAUGUCUGAGAUGGCUCAAGUGAGGGACUUGAAGAUGAAAACGAGUAUGGUGGAGCUGAGGUCUCACGUCCGGAGAGAUUCCCACUGGAGCCGCUCAAGUUAUGCCUUCUCCCACAAGGAAGGUUACGCCAACCUCAUCUCCACGGGCGCCAGCUUGCGUAGCAAGGGCCCCCGAGUCCGUGGUGAACUCAACGGCUUUGGCCCCACGUCACUGCCUGGCCAAGAAGACUCCGUUCCCCCAGCAGAUGUUGCCUGCAGUCGCGAUGCUGCCACGCAACAGACGUUUCUGCCCUGUUGACCCGGCAAGGGGCAGAGGACAAAACUGUACUUUUAAAAAUCCAAAGCCAACAGCCCUGGAUCUUCAGGACUGCCAGUCACAGGGCUCAAAAUGGCGCACCCCUUGUGCUCUUGAAGAGGUCUCUGAGCAUGCAUAGUCAAGCCAUUGGGCUCUGGGUUCAAAUUGGGGUAGCCCUGGAGAGAUUGUCCUUUUCUGACAUGGUGCCCAAAGUUAACUCCUCUUCUUUGCUUGGAACUCAGUGGCUUAUUCAACAAUCUUUCCACUAUAACUGUAAAGCAGGGGAAAGUAUACGCACCUGAGCACACUGUGACAACCCCCCCCCCUUUAGGAAUUAGCGAAUGAAUUCUCCUUUGGUUUGAUCUGUCUUUUGACCGGGGGUCUCAUUUCUCACCUUUUUUGCUGCCAAUAUUCUCGCCUCAUUUGCCUCAUGCGUGCGCCUCAUCCCAUUGUGAGAGACAAACUGUAGACGUACUUACCUGGACACCGUACAUCAUUUUGUAUGCGUAGUGCUGAUUUAUGAACACAAUGAGAAAAAGUGCCUGCUCUUAGGGGGUCAAAAGAUUUGACCUGAAGAACUGAAGAAUCCCAGGGAGCAGAGGGAAAGCUACAAGGGGGCCAGGGUUGUAUGUUGCACUGGGCGCGCGCCUAGGGGAGCGCGUGCAAAAAU